AUGGUGGAACCUGAAUCUUCUACGCAUUUUGCUUCUAUGGCAAAUGCCGAUGAAUCUUCAAGAAAUCCAUUCGAUGAUUCUUCAAGUGUAUAUUACUUGCAUCCAUUGAAUAACCCUGGAGCUCUUCUAGUCUCUGAAAUCUUGACUGGUGCAAAUUAUGUUGCGUGGAGUAGAUCUAUCUCCAUUGCUCUUACAGUUAAGAAUAAAAUUGCAUUUAUAGAUGGUACUCUGCCUCAAUCAAAUUCUGGUGAUUCUCGGAUUCAAAUUGCCUGGCUAAGAGCAAAUAAUCUCGUUUUAUCUUGGCUAAUGAAUUCAAUAGCAAAAGAAAUUUGUGGAAGUCUAUUGUACUUCACAGUUACGUGUGAUGUUUGGGAAGAACUCAAAACAAGUCAAUUACUUCUCCAAUCACCUUUGCCUUCUAUGAGCAAAGUUUUUUCUUUGCUAUUACAAGAAGAAAGUCAAAGAUCAUUGUCUAAUGUUGUUGGUUUUUCUAUGGAUUCUCAUGCUAUGAUUGUUGCACAAACACAGAAAUAA